AUGCACAAACAUCGCUCGACUUCAUCGCUGCUCGAGAGGAGAGGAUCAAUCAUGGGCGCCAGGAAUUUAUUCUCUUCUUCUUCGUCGUCGUCUUCGCGGGAACCCGGUACGCACGGCGCGGCCGAAGUGGAGAAGCAGUUGCAACGGCCGCGGACCAGUGCCGGCGCCGCCGAGGCUAGUCCGACCAAGAGCAGGUUCUCGAGACUUCGGUACCACCGGAAUCGCAAAACGACGACGGCCGCCGCCCCAACGGAAACGGAAAGGACUCCUGUUGUUGAGCGCCAGGAGAACCAGCUGCGGCAACGGCAUCAAUCGACGCUGGGACAGCUCCCUGAGGGAGCAUUUUUGGACUUCGACGAUGAUGCAUCCGACUCGGAGAGCAGGCCGUCGACAUCGAGCAGCGUUGCCAGCAGCGUGAAGAGCAGUGGUGGAUGGAGCUGGUCGAUGAGGGGCAGGAGGAGCAGUGUCAGUUUAAGAGAGCGGUGGAGAGCAAGCAGCAUCUCCUCCUCGUCAUCGACUUUAUCUUCAUCCUCAUCAUUCUCGUCCGCAUCUUCUUACAUUUCCUCAGCCUCGUCAUCCUCAUCUAGUACUUGGGACUCCCUCGAUUCUACCCCUCGUGCCUCUAUCGCCUCAUCCCGCACCUCCUACUCUAGCGAUGAAGAGGCGGCCCCUCCUCAAAAAACCGACUCGGGAAAACUCCGCCCCACGAAAACCGUCCGAGCAUACGUUUGCCGCCAUUUCGUCUCGAUACCCAUCCCGGAGGAGGAGGAGCCAGACACCGCAUCCACCUCCGACGCAAUCCCCCCUUCAGAAAAUCAACAUGUCCAGAAAGACCAGCAGUUCCAGGGACCGCAACCGCUCCCAACGCCCUCACCGGAUGAGAACGAGGAUUGCAUCACAGAUCCAAUGGCCGACGCCUUCGAUAUUAACGACCACCUUCCACCACCCCAUAUCCUGCGCCCUUGGGCUGAACCCACGCCUCCGCCUACCCCUCCGCUGCAGGCGAAACAGCUACAACUUCCCUCUCCAUCGCCACCACAGCUGGAUACCCUUCAGGUACCGCAGAGCCCGCCACCAGUACCGGGCGUGCCGACCUUCACCAUAACACCCGCGUCUCCGAUCCAACCUACCGGCCGCUCUCCCUUCUCCUCUUCCCCACCUAUCGCCCCCCAUCGCUCCUUCUCUGCGCCUGUCGUCGGAGGCCCGAUUGUCGUCCCGGCCAACGCCCCUCGCAGAAGAUCAACAACGAUCUCGUCGUCGAACGCGCCGUCGUCGCUCGGCCAAACUAACAAGGUCGAAAAGGGCACGCCGGCAAUGUGCCCGACGUGCGUGAAGCUACAGGAGUCGAUGGCGCAAAUGCGCAAAGUCGCCGGCAUCUAUGGACCGCGGCACAGCCUGACGGUCGCGGCGGCCAAGACUGCGCGCGCAGCGAGGGUAGCGUGGGCCGGGGCGCAGUGGGAGGCUAGUUGUGUUUGGGAAGAUGACUGUGGUGGUGAUGAGGCCGUCGUGAAGUCAAGAAAAGAAGGGUUGGCGAAAGAGGAGAAAAAACAGAAGAAGGUCGUCAGUUUCCAACCGAGCGCCACGUUCUUCGUCGACCGCGAACCGUUCAUCGAGCCGCCGCAGCCUAAGCCAUCGACAGCAGAAGGCGGGGACAUCGCUUCGGACGAGGAGGACGAGAAACCCGACGCCGAGGCGCAGCUCCAGCGCGAAAUGAUCAUCGGACAGCGGCUGUGGGGCCCGCUCGGCGAGCGCGGCCGCAAGCAACGCGACUUCAAGCGGUCCAUGAGCGAGUCGUACGUGGCGGGCCGGUGGGCGCCGCCCGGGCGCAACGGAGAGUGGCUGGACACCAGCGGGCGGACGCAGACGUACGAGGAGUUUUGGGCCGCGGACAAGCACCACGCCAAGGCGAAGGAUGGCGGGUCCCACGGUGCUGCGAGCGUGUUGGGCGGCAAGGUCAUCAGGGGAGUUCUGGGAAAAUUCGUGCCCGGCGCGGGGGCGCAUGCGGCGGCGAAGAAGGAGAGGGAGAGGUUUGAGAGGGCGGAGAGGCUGGAGAGGGUGGUGGGGUUGGAGGUUGAUUGA